AUGGUGUUGUGGAUAGGCAGAGGGCGAGGAGGACAGAGGCAGAGGAGGGCAGAGGGAGAGGAGGACAGAGGGCGGGGAGGACAGAGGGCGAGGAGGACAGAGGGCGAGGAGGACAGAGGGAGAGGAGGACAGAGGGAGAGGAGGACAGAGGGCGAGGAGGACAGAGGGAGAGGAGGACAGAGGGAGAGGAGGACAGAGGGCGAGGAGGACAGAGGGAGAGAUGAGGUGGGUGACAUGCUGUGGGUGGCACUGCCAAUUGCAACCCUCACCCUUCUCUCACGCAUCUCAUCCUUCCCCCCCGCCCCUCAUCCUUCCCCCCGCCCCUCAUCAUUCCCCCCCGCCUCUCAUCCUUCCCCUCCCCCCUCAUCCUUCCCCCCCGCGCCCUCAUCCUUCCCCCCUGCCCCUCAUCCUUCCCCCCGCUCCUCAUCCUUCCCCCCGCCCCUCAUCCUUCCCCCGCCCCUCAUCCUUCCCCCGCCCCUCAUCCUUCCCCCGCCCCUCAUCUUUCCUCCCCCCGUUCCUCAUCCUUCCCCCCACCCCUCAUCCUUCCCCCCCGCCCCUCAUCAUUCCCCCGCCCCUCAUCCUUCCCCCCGCCCCUCAUCCUUCCCCCUCGCCCCUCAUCCUUCCCCUCCGCGCCCUCAUCCUUCCCCCCGUCCAUCAUCCUUCCCCCCCGCCCCUCAUCCUUCCGCUCGCCCCUCAUCCUUCCCCCCCGCCCCUCAUCAUUCGCCCGCCCCUCAUCCUUCCCCCCCGCCCCUCAUCCUUCCCCCCGCCCCUCAUCCUUCCCCCCCGCCUCUCAUCCUUCCCCCCCGCCCCUCAUCCUUUCCCCCCGUGCCCUCAUCCUUCCCCCCGCCCCUCAUCCUUUCCCCCCGUCCCUCAUCCUUCCCCCUCGCCCCUCAUCCUUCCCCCCCGCCCCUCUUCCUUCCCCCUCGCCCCUCAUCCUUCCCCCCCGCGCCCUCAUCCUUCCCCCGCGCCCCGCAUGCCGCACCUCCAGCAGCGGUUGCCCCAAUCGCUCCCUCCAUUGACGAGCUCGCGGGUUUAUUUGCAGGAAGUGCUGAUAUCUUCAAGAUGGACAUCCACCAGAACCCCCAGACGGCCGAAAUCGAGAGGGUUCGAGAUGUUCCUGUUGUGAAGAUUUACAAGGGUGGGAGUGCGGUUCAGACGAUCGAGGGUGUAAUGACCGAGUCGACCUUGAUGGAAGCCCUCAAGGCGUUCGUCUGA